CUCACUGUCUCUCUUUCUCUAUCUAAAAUUUGAAUAUAUGGGUCCUUGUACUAUUAUCCUGCCAUUUACAUUCUUGUGCAUGUUUGUAUAUUUAAAAGCUUCAAACUUUAUUAUGAAUUUGUUAUUUUUCUCCUUGUAAUACCCAAAUCUCAGAUCCCAACUUCUCAGAUUACGAAACCCUAAUUUGUUGUAUUUGAUUUUGGAUGGAAAUUCAGAUCUGGGUGUUGGUCUGUUUACUUGGGUUCUGUUUGGUUGCUGAGAAACUGUAGGAAAUGCACAGAAUUUUUUAUCCUGGGAUUCGCAUGUUUAUUGAUUCGGAUUGGAAGGAUGUUUCAAAUCUUUAGAACUAACCCAUUGGAUGAGAAUAUGUGCAUACUAGUUACCAAUUGCAUGUUUGCAUCUUAAAUUUUUGAUCUUUUAGAUCUGAGAGUAUGGGGAUUAGGAAGGAUCGAUAAGAUUUGUGAAUUUGUAAUUUCCUUCUUGUUCUCAGCUGUCAAACAAUUGCUUGAUCUUUGAUUUAAUGUGAAGAUCCAAUAUUUUGCAGAUGAUAUUGUUUACAAUUUUGCCUCAUAGGCCCUCAUUUGUGAUUAUCUUGAGCUAUGCUUUGUUUCUCCCUUUGUAUCUGUUUUGUUUUUAUUGCUAUCCUUUUGUUUUCGAUUUCUAUGGCCUCGGAGGGCUAUCCGAUGGUAAGAUUUAUUGCUGUUCAUGGAGUUUCAUUAGAAGGCCUAAACGAUGUUUGUUUGUCUGCUGAUUCUGUAGCUCUCAUGGAUGAUGAUGCAUUGAACAUGCGCAACUGGGGCUACUAUGAGCCAUCUUUUAAGGGUCAUCUUAGCUUGCAGCUCAUGUCAAGCAUGGCAGAGCGCGACACUAAACCAUUUGUCCCUGGGCGUGACCCUACAGUCAUGGUUAGCGCCAAUGGAGCCUAUCACCCUCGGGAUUGUGUUGUAUCAGAUGCUCAGCUUCCAAUGAGCUAUAUGAGGGAGAGUUGGGUAAACCAGAGAGAUAAGUUUCUCAAUAUGAUGCCUGCCAAUCCUAACUAUGCUGCUGUUCUUCCAGAAACUUCAGGAGCCCAUUCCUUGCAGAUCUUACAGCCGCCGGAACCAUCAAGGGAUGAAAGGGUGGGUAGGAUUGAAGAGCCAGUUGUCCCUAAGGAAGUUGGCACAUCCAAAAAAAGACAGGGUGGGGGUGCACCAAAAGCCCCAAAAGUGAAAAAGCCCAGGAAGGCAAAGGAUAAUACCAAUCCUUCAGUUCCUCGUGUGAAGCCAGCAAAGAAGAGUUUGGAUGUUGUGAUUAACGGGAUUAAUAUGGAUAUCUCUGGUAUUCCAAUUCCCAUCUGCUCAUGCACUGGAGCUCCACAACAGUGUUAUAGGUGGGGGUGUGGUGGUUGGCAAUCUGCUUGUUGCACCACAAAUGUAUCUAUGUAUCCUCUGCCAAUGAGUACUAAGCGACGCGGGGCAAGAAUAGCUGGAAGAAAAAUGAGUCAGGGUGCUUUCAAGAAGGUGUUGGAGAAGCUUGCAGCUGAAGGUUAUAAUUUUACUAACCCAAUUGAUCUAAGGUCUCAUUGGGCAAAACAUGGUACCAACAAGUUCGUCACUCUCAGGUAGAGUUACUGUGUUGGUGUGACUUCCAUUGCAUUUGGUCUAUUUCAGCUGUAUAUAUUUAUGUGGCCUCUUGUAGAGAUCUUUCAGAUAAUUUGUAGUCAUUCAAUUUUCAGUCAGGACGGAUGAUACUUGUUUUUAAAAUCUGGACUUGUUCUUUUUGUUAAUUUUUUUUCCUUUCGGCUUCUGUUUAAGGGCCGACUUUUCUGGCCACCAGGAUUAUGUGGAUGAGUUGUUAUUUAUUGAAUUGUUGUUGGAUAGCA